AUGAUCGUUACCACAGCCGUCGUCUCUCGCGAUCCGGCUCCUCUGCGGCUCGCUGCGACUGGUUCUAGUUCCAUUACCACGCGCUCCGACGGUAGUAGUAGCUCUUCCAAUGUAACCAAUUUACUAGCUGCGGCGCGCUGUGUCGCGGCGCCGUCCUUCUUAGCGCGCUCCGCUCUUGCAGGCUCCACUGGAAGGCGGCUCCGUCGUUUCAGCAGAGCGGCGGCCCAAGCAAGCCCCGUGCAAGCGGCGACGGCGGACGAAUCAGAGGGCGACACGUGGCAGCUGAAGCUGCUGUACGAUGGGGACUGCCCAAUCUGCAUGCGAGAGGUGGACUUUCUGCAGGGUCGCAACAAGGAGUUUGGCACACUCAAGUUUGUAAACAUAGCGGCAGAUGAUUAUAACGAGGAUGAGAAUGCAGGCGUGGCGUAUGAGGCAGCUAUGGGGUCGAUUCACGGGAUACGGCGGGAUGGCACCAUAGUCACUGGUGUGGAGGCCUUUCGUGAGUUCUACGAGGCGGUGGGCCUCGGGUGGGUCUAUGCCAUCACCAAGUUCCCUCCGGUCGGUGCGCUGGCAGAUGCGGUCUAUGAGGUGUGGGCCAAGUACCGCCUGCCACUUUCAGGCCGGCCGUCCUUGCAAGCUGUGAUUGAGGAGCGCAGACGCAACAAGCUUGGCGUGCAAGGAUGCAAGGAGGAAGAGGAAUGUGACAUAAAGUUUUGA